AUUUUAACAGCACAAAGCUACGUGCAUCCUUGAUUCUUGCCUAUCACUAUAAUAAUAAUAUAAACAUCAUAUUAUAUUCAGAAGAUAAUCAACAGUUUCCAACAUGUACACUUGGCUAAGGUUAGGCUCUUCAUAUAAGGGGAUUCAAUGAAGCUGGUUUAAUUUAAUUUGCUGGAUUUUGUUGCAAAUUGAUGGAGGAAAUGGAGGAAGCAGUGAAGAAGAAAAACAGAGGACAAGUUGCUCCUUCUGUCAAAUACUGUGUUACAGGAGCCACUGGAUAUAUUGGUUCUUGGCUGGUAGAGGCUCUUCUUCAGAGAGGUUACAGCGUUCAUGCCACUGUCAGAGAUCCUGCAAAGUCACUGCACCUCCUCUCAUUGUGGAAGGGAGGUGAGCAAUUGAGACUCUUCCAAACAGAUUUGCAAGAAGUGGGAAGCUUUGAUGAGGCAGUAAAAGGAUGUGUCGGCGUGUUCUGCGCCGCGGCUUCGAUGGAAUUUAAUGUCACCGAGAAAGAAAACACUGAGGCAUUUGUUCAAACAAAUAUAAUUGACCCUGCAAUCAAAGGAACCAUAAACCUACUCAAGUCCUGUUUGAAAUCCAAUUCUGUGAAAAGGGUUAUUUUCACAUCUUCCAUAAGUACAAUUACUGCAAAAGAAAGCAAUGGGAAGUGGAAACCUUUUGUUGAUGAAUGUUGUCAAAUCCAAACAGACAAUGUGUGGAAUACAAAAGCAAGUGGAUGGGUUUAUGCACUUUCAAAGCUUCUCUCAGAAGAAGCAGCAUUUAAAUUUGCAAAAGAGAAUAACAUUGAUCUUGUGUCAGUCAUAACAAGCACUGUUGCAGGCCCAUUCUUCACUGCUAACAUACCAUCAAGUGUUAAAGUUCUACUGUCACCAUUAACAGGUGAAACUGAGUACUUCAAGAUAUUAUCUGCUGUAAAUGCAAGAAUGGGGUCAAUUUCUUUAGUUCACAUUGAAGAUAUAUGCAGUGCCCACAUAUUCCUAAUGGAGCAUGCUAAAGCAGAAGGAAGGUACAUAUGCAACAGCCAAAGCUGCACAUUAUCUAACUUGGCAACUCUUCUCUCCAAAGAGUAUUCUUCUUCAAAUAAGCAAAGGAAGUCUGAGAAGCAUUGUGAGAAAGAUAAUGUUCCUUGCGAGGUUUCCUCAAAGAAGCUGAAAGAUUUGGGUUUUAGCUACAAGCAUGGCCUUGAUGAUAUAAUUCAUCAAACAAUUUUAUCAUGCCUAGACUAUGGUUACUUACCUCCUGUUUAGCUAGCACUCUUUUAAUAUCACUGUACAUGAUUCUGAGUAGUUGAGCUUUUGUGUUUUUUUAUUUAUUUAUUUUCAAACAAAUAAAUGGGUUCAACUUUCAAACUA